CUCCUCUGACUCCCCCCUCCCCAACAUGUUGUGCAGUCGGCGCCAGUCUAACAUCCAACUACGCACAGCUUGUUGACGUUUUUAAUGUUUGUCAAUGUUUAUUUCCACGGCAGCCUGAUGUUGCCCUCCCUCCCUCUAAAAACGAAGCGAGGGGUGCGCUGCAGCCUCAAGGCCCCGUCAAAACAUCCCGCGUACCGAGGAACAAUCGUCUAUUCCACAUUCGCGCUUGUCUGUGAAGUGGGCGUCGCCCGGGGGGCGUCCUCGCUCUGCUAUUGGUCAAAGACGGCUCCUUCUCCCCUCCGUUUCCGGUUUCUAUUCAUACGCACGCCCAGUCACUGAAUAUUGAUAAUAAUGAUCAAGAUGGCUACUACGAAUGCCUCCUUGCGGUAGCUAACCAACAAUUUAAUGGAAACAUCCCAAACUACCAUUUCUUACAAUUCGUAUCGCCUGUAAGCCGAUCGGGGAGGUGCGAGCGAGACUGCUAUGUGGAUUAAUACGGCCGAGGAGCGAUAAAAGUCAUUGUGUUUCCCGCAGCACACAGUCUGAAGAAGCUAGCUAGCCCAGCCACUAGCUAGCUGUAGUUGUCGACCAUCUCCAGUUUAAGCUCCUCCAGCCCGUAGCAGUUAAGUGGAGUGUCGCCCUCCUGUUCGUGGUUCCGGACGGAGAGCGCACCGGCUCCGUACGGCAGCACCAGAUGGCAGAGCCGAGGAAAGUACCGUUCGUCACCAUCUCGUCCUUCAACACCUCGCCAACUUCCGAGUCCAAGAAGCGUCGUCGAGAAGAUGAAAGCGAAAUCACUUUUGGGAAAGAUGGAGGUGGUGGAAGUGCAGCCGUCGGGUCAGGAGGUUGCGGAGGUCUGUUUGGCAACGUGAAAAGCGGCGAAGUGGAGUCGUCGGAGAAGAAACCGACGGUUCGCCUCAACCUCUCUCUGCCUGAGCCGAAUGAACGAGGAUCUGCCGAGUUCAACUAUAGCGAACUGUUGCAGUCCACUCUUAAUCAGGGAAAACCAACACCCUCAGCUGUCCCUAAAGGUCUAACACCUUCACUGGACCCCAGUGACCCCUUUGCUGAUGAUGAAAGGGAGAGACGUGAGGUGGAAGAACUUGCCAAGAAAUUUGAGAGCAAAUAUGGCGGUGUUUCAAAGAAGAAGAAAAAAGACAGAAUGCAGGAUCUAAUUGACAUUGGCUAUGGCUACGAUGAGACUGACCCCUUCAUAGAUAAUUCAGAAGCUUAUGAUGAACUGGUUCCAGCCUCUCUCACCACAAAACACGGAGGCUUCUAUAUCAACACAGGCACGCUGCAGUUCAGAGCUGCCUCUGAUUCAGAAGGAGAGGAGGCCAGCAUGGAAAAUAAUCACCUCAAGAAAAUGAAUGAUGGUGAGGAGCGAGUGAUAAAGAAGCGCCGAAAAAAGCAAGAUGGUAGCAACUUGGAGGAUAAGAAACCUAAGAAGAACAGAGUGCCAAAACAGGGAGUUUCAGCUCUGAACGCCCACCGGCCAGAGAAGAAGAAGAGAAAAAAGCUGAUGAAGGAUUCCCUCCACUUGGCCAACAUGCUGCGUCGCUUCACCAAGGAGAAGGAAGAGAUGCGCAAGAAGAACCCUGUCAUGGUCGGUCUGCCACGGCCAAACGCCAAAGUGCCCAGCACUAACAAUGCUCUUCUCAAUACUCACUCCAAGACGACAGGCAGCACUGACUUCAACAUGUCUGACCUGACUGCUGAUCCUGCCAUGAUCUCACUGCUAGGGUCAGCCAACAACAAUGACAUGUUGCAGGACAUGAUGGGUGACCUGGACUUUGGGAUGCUUGACUCUCCUCAACCCUCCAGUCCAGCUCAGGGAGAGAACGGCUCUGUAGGAAUGGGACAUAAAGCAGGUGGGGGAGGGAGAAUGUCACAGGGGAGUAUCCUGUCCCCUCCACCACUGCCUAGUGGACUCCCUGCCCCACUAACCAAACGCAUUGAGGACCUACGAACGGCAUCCCGUCAAUUUGAUGAAGAGGGCAGGAAAAAGUUCUUUACUUUGGAUAUGAACAACAUCCUACUGGAUAUUGAGUUGCAGGUCCAGGAACAGCCGACUGCUGUGCGCUCAGCAGUCUACUCUCAUCUGGAGGCCUUUGUGCCCUGCAACAAAGAAGCACUGCUCAAACGUCUCAAAAAGCUCAGCCUCAACAUACAGGAUGACCGUCUUCGUACUCCUCUACUGAAGCUGAAGCUGGCAGUGUGCAGUGUGAUGCCAGAGCAGAUUGCUAGAUACAAUAUGGAUUGUAUCGCUAAGGUGGCAAAGCAGCAGUCUGAGGAGGGAGAGAAAAACGGUUCAGAGGAGGAGGACGAGGAGAAACCAGGGAAGAGGGUAAUGGGCCCCAGAAAGAAGUUUAUCUGGGAUGACAAACUCAGGUCGUUGCUGUGUAACCUGGUGCGAGUGAAGCUUGGCUGCUAUGAGUUAGAGGCCCAGAAUUCACUUUCUCUAGAGGAUUACCUCAAGGCCUUCAUGGAGACUGAAGUUAAACCACUGUGGCCCAAGGGUUGGAUGCAAGCCAGGAUGCUUUUCAAAGAGAGCAUUAUGGCUCAUGGCCACCUCACAGGGAACACAGCAAAGAAAAAGAUGGUCCCUACACCCAAGGCCAAGCCCAAAGAAUCUGGUUGGAUUCAGCGGUCCACGCCCUCAACAGGUGCCAUUCCAUCCCCCGUGGCCUCAGUUGUCAAGCUACCAUCCCAGUCAUCUUAUGAGCCCAUUUGUAUUGAUUCCCUUGAUGAAGAUUUGACAGAUCCCUCUCUAGACUCCAUCUCCCAGGCCCUGGCCAUCCUCAGCAACGCAGCCAAAGGCCUGGCUCAUGGAGACAGCCCCCCAUCCCCAGACACUCCCAAGACAUCCACCAACACCCCCUCCUCUCUUCACGCCUCACCACUCCUCCAGCAGCACAAGAAAAGCUCUGUUAGCACGCCAGGCUCCAACACACCUCACUACGUCUCUACCUCCUCUCCGUCGUCCAGCUCUCUGCCUAGGCCUUCCUCAGUCUCCUCCUCACCUCUGACCUCAGUGAGGGCGGAGGGUUUAGGGGGUAUGAAGGGCAUGAUGCAGGCUCAUAGACACUCAGUGCUGACACCUCAGAGACCAGCCAUGGCAGGCAUGGCUAAAACAAUUACACCUGGUUCACCCAAACCCCGUCCACCCCCUACUGCCUCUCCCCUUGCUCCCCCAGGAUCAAAGCCCGGGCUAUCCACUCCCACCUCUGGCCUCCUCAAAAGCAGCAAUAAUGCUAAACCGAACAGCGGCGAUGCACUUACCAUCACAUCCUCACAGUCUCGCUCACACACCCUCCUGUCAUCUUCACACAUGACCCCCAAAACCCCUCAGACACCCCGUUUGCCCCAGCCACCCCAGAGUAAAUCCUCCCCUCUCUCAUCCUCAUCUCCUUCCCUUUCUCACUCGCUCCCUGUUCAGUCCCAGUCCCAGCAACAGUCCAACUUUAUCACCCCUAUGCAGGCCACGCUCACCAAGUCCACCCAUAGCAGCACACCGCCCAUCAUCAAACUCACUCCCCGCAAUCUGAAUCCCACCACACCCACUGUAACCUCCGCCUCACCCUCCAUCUCAACCCAUCCCAGGUCUCAGGCAACCCCCUCUAUACACCAGUACUCUUCCAAAAGCCCAGCAGGGUUCCGCCAGCCGUUCUCAGGUGCCCAGGGAGGAACAGCCAAGCCAGGUCAAGGCAGCUAUACCGCAACAGCUAGUCAGAAGACCCCAAACAGCAGCAACACCACCAGCACCAGCCUUAUUAACACCUCAUCCAUCACCAAACAUUCAGGACCCAGUCCCUCCCCUUCAACCGCCUCGGCCAGCACGAGUCAGAGACAGAGGUCCAGCGGUGGGACUACUCAGGGGGCUAAGCCAAUCGCAUCUGUCUCUUCGUCCACUGUCUCUUCUCAGUUGCCACAGGUCUCCACAGCAGGUGGCGGCGGUCUCCUUAGCACUCCCACUUCCCUCGCUUUGGGAUUUGGGAUGCUAGGGGGGCUGGUGCCUGUAUCUCUGCCUUUUCAGUUCCCUUCGCUGCUAAAUCUACCCCCACUGGGCACCACAGGCUCCGGCGCAGGAGCUAGUGGCUCCACAACCAGUAAUAAUGCAUCGUUCUCAACCCUGACCCAGAAUCUAUAUAAGAGUCUCCAGUCAGGGUCUCAGGUUGCUCUGCCUCCUCACUUGCAGCUCGCUUUCUCAGAUGUCAAUCAAAGCCAGGGAGGAGAUGGUAAGAGGAAGACUUUAUGAUGCAGCGUGAUUUGAUCGCCAAGCGGAGACUGUCCUGUGAAACGACAAGUUUGGACAAAUCGAGGGUGGUUUUGAUCAGCAGCUGGGCCGACCACUCAUGAAAUAGGUCUAAAGUGUUGCUGUAAAGACCACUGAGGCAGAUUUGUAAUUUGUGAUAUUGGGCUAUACAAGUAAAAUUGACUUGACUUGACUUGACUGCGACAUACUCAAGAUGCCGACGCGUAAAUAGUAGCUCAACUAUCAUGGUCAUCGCAGUUUUAAACAUAAUCGUUAAAAAAAAGAAAAGAAAAAAAAAAGACACUUUUUUAAAACUUUUUAAUCCCGUUCUUAAUAGAAAUUCUUAAUGAAAAUGACAAAAUGCAUUUUGUCAUUGUUUACAAGAUAGACCUAUAUCACUGUGGAUAGGGAGAAGAUAUGAAUGAGGUGUGUGAAUCUGGAAUAAUUUUUAAAUGGUUCUGUUGGGUGAGUGUGUUCACAUGUGAGUGACUUACUUUCUUUUAUCAAAACAGAAAAAGGGUGUGUGUGUGUGUGUGUCCCUCCCUCCCUGAUGUGUGGUCAGUGUGUCUAUUUGGUGCUGUUUUUAUAAUAAUGUAAUUAUUACUGAACCAUGUAUGAAAUGUAAACUGAAUUCAAAAUGUUGAAUUUGAGCUUUUUAGAAUGAAUGCUGUACAUUUUUUCAUUGUACUUGAAUUCUUAAUUUCUUUCCUGUAUAGCACGGAAACAAACUUUCAA